AACGAGGCGUGAAAUAUAUGUGUGGGAGGGGCGUAUUUCUUUUCUCAAAUACUCCCGUCAGUCGAAGAGCUUAUAUAAAUCUGAGAAACCCUCGUUUUUGGGGUUUUAGUGAGAGAGAUGGUGAGAUUAACGGCGGACUUGAUAUGGAAAAGCCCUCACUUCUUCAACGCCCUCCGCGAGCGUGAACUAGAUCUUCGAGGCAAUAAGAUCGCUGUUAUAGAAAAUGUUGGUGCUACUGAGGAUCAAUUUGAUUGCAUAGAUUUGUCAGACAAUGAAAUAGUUAAGCUUGAAAACUUCCCUUAUCUGAAUCGUCUUGGUACUUUGUUGCUUAACAACAAUAGAAUCACUCGUAUCAGUUCCAACAUUGGAGAGUUCUUGCCAAACCUUCAUUCAUUGGUACUUACUAACAACCGUCUUGUUAAUUUGGUUGAGAUUGACCCGCUUGCAUCAUUUCCCAAGCUGACGUUUCUUAGUCUACUUGACAAUAACAUCACAAAGAAACCGAACUAUCGCCUUUAUGUCAUCCAUAAACUGAAGUCACUAAGACUGCUAGAUUUCAAGAAAGUGAAACUAAAGGAACGAAAUGAAGCAUCUCGUAUGUUUGCAUCAGAAGAAGCUGAAGCUGAGGCAAGAAAGGAAUCUGUAAAGACAUUUGUGCCUGGUGAGAUACCUGCCCCUGAGGUUUCAAAGGAAGAGCAGCCACCUAAAAAGGUUGCCCCAACACCAGAGCAAAUAAUAGCUAUCAAGGCUGCCAUUGUUAAUUCCCAAACACUUGAGGAGGUUGCAAGGCUUGAACAGGCUUUGAAAUCGGGCCAGCUUCCUGCAGAUCUUGAAAUCAUUGAUACUGAUCCUGUGACAGUCAACACGAACACCAAUGUGGACAAAAUGAUAACGGAAAGUGAAAAGGAAGCUAAGGAUGGAACAAGUGAUGUCAAUGAACAGAAAAAUGAUGGGCCUGCAGACAUGGAGCAGGAAUAGAUCACUGUGCAAGUUUUUUAAGCGUUGUCGGGAUGGUGAGAUGCAAUUCUUGAUCCAAUAUCUUUUUCAUCAUACUUCCGCGUUUUGUGAAAAGCGACUGGCUCGUGUAUCGUUAGAUGAAUCUCUGGAGCCACUUAGUGGUGUAUCAGCAGAUGAAUGAUUUUAUGUUCAAACUAACUGAUUAGAGAGGAACAUGAAUUCAAUGAGACAGAUGUAGAAGAGGAAUAUCUGUAAUAUCAUUUGUAUUCCCCAGAAAUUUUUAUUUCCUUUAUUGUGGCAAAAUUAUGACUUGUUUGUCGAGAUCAAAUCUAGAAAGGGCAGGCCAUGAGUUGAUUA